UCUGCCCCCCCCCCACCUCUGGCCUGCACCCCGGUUCUUGUAUGCAUAAAUAAAUAAACGCAUAAAUAAAUAAAAAGGAAAUGGCUUUGACUUCAAAAUUUUCUUCAGAUACACGUGUUUCGCACCCCAGCUCUACCGUAUUUGGGGCUUAAGUGCCUUCUCUUCAACCCUCCGCCCCCUUUAUUCUUAACGUCAUGAUUCCUUAAUGCCGCGUCGUCAUUCCGUGGCAUAAAUUCUUCAAUGCUGAGGAGAUGCCAGCGUUUGAUAAUCCAUCUUGUGCUAAAUUGUUGAUGAAGGUGGCCCAAUGAAAGAAGAAAAUGAAAGGCAUUAAGAAAAAUAUGACAGAAGAAUACCUAUACUUGGAUUUUUCUCACAUAAUUGAAGGAUGUGUUUUUCCUCUUCAUACAUCUGUGACUUUAUUUUUGUUAUCAUACUGUGACUGCAAAAUCUUUAAAGUUUGCCUAGUUCUCACCAAGGAAAAUACAGAUAUUUCACUACUUAAAAAUGUAUUGUCCCAAAAUGUAGAAAUAAAGAUUAUUUCAAGGCAAGAGCUCCCACCAAUAGUCCAGAACUGCUGUUUACCAGCAGUAGUAGAAAGACCAGACAAUUUUUGUAGAGCAGGACUUGCUGUUAUACUAAGACACAUCAUCCAAAAAUCAUACGAAGCAGACCCCUCAAAGAAGGAAAUCUUGGGACUUCUGGGUUUUAAGAAGACUUGCCUGAAAGCCUGUGCUGAAGUAAGUCAGUGGACCAGAUUAUGUGAGCUCACCAUCCCUUCAGCUAUUGAGAAUUUUCUCAAAGACUCUUCUGGCCAGCACCCAGCCAUUCCUGCAGAAAUAAUGCUGCUGGAGAAUAAGCUUGGUGAGCCCGUCAGAGUCCAUAAUGAUGACAAACUCCGUCGGCAAAAGCUGAAGCAACAGAAGGCUGCAGGAGUUGAUCCUUCCCUGCCUAAGGGAAAAUCAAAGAGUGAGCCCCAGAAACAGGAAACUUGGGAUGAGGUGGACUCGUCAUCCCAGAGCCUGGAGUUGCAAAUGGCAUUCUCCAAGCUCACCGUGCAUGAGGGGCCAGCUGCUACACACAGGGAGCCAGCCCACAUCAGAAAGGCGAGCACCGCAGCCCUCCCGCCCCUGGAGCACGUGUUUGCAGAAGGCCUCUACUUCACUCUGGCAGAUAUAGUGCUCCUGCCCUGUAUCCAUCAGUUCCUGGUAAUUAUCUGCAAGAAUCUUUCUGAAAAAUUGAUAGAAUUUCCACUGCUGGUUGCUUGGUACCGGAGGAUUCAGGAAGUUCCAAGAGUGAAAAGAGCAGCUUCUCAGUGUGGCAUCCACUUUCUGCACUUGCCGGAAUCACAGACCACCUCCAGGGAGCAGCAGCCAAAUGCAACUGAGGCCCCGGGCGUGGAGGAGCAAAAUGAUCCUUCAUUUGUAGGCGGACCCAGGCCCACAAUGACCAAGCUAAUGGAAAAAGGCAUUGAAGUGAUGUUCUCUCCCCACCCUUGCCCUGCUUGGACCCUCGAUUGGAACAAACUUCCUGCAGCAGUGAGCCCAAAAGAAGGUAAAAUGUCCAGUGAUCGAGCUUUGAGGAAGCAGCAACAAUUAAACAACCUGGUUUAUGUGGUGACAAAUCAGGCCAAACCUGGUGACCGAAUUGUGGAUUUCUGCAGUGGUGGGGGCCACGUUGGGAUCGUCCUCGCGCACAUGCUGCCCUCAUGCCAGGUUACGUUAAUAGAAAACAAGGAAUUAUCAUUAAUUCGUGCUAAGAAGAGAAGUGAUGAACUAGGUUUAAGCAACAUUUGGUUCAUUCAAGCAAAUAUGGAGUAUUUCACAGGGAUGUUUAAUAUUGGGGUGGCGCUGCAUGCGUGUGGAGUGGCCACGGACAUGGUGAUCGAGCACUGCAUCCAGACUCGUGCCGCCUUCGUGGCAUGCCCUUGCUGCUAUGGUUUCAUCCAGAACACCUCCAAGUUUAAUUUUCCAAAAAGUGAACAAUUCAAGAAAAUUUUAUCAUACAAGGAACACAUGAUUCUGUGCAGAUUUGCAGAUCAGACAGCUGUCCAGCUUCCACCCCAACGAAGGCUCAUAGGAAAGCAGUGCAUGUGCCUGGUGGAUCUGGAUCGAGCCAGAGCUGCGGAAGAGCGAGGCUACACCGUGCAAGUGAUCUCCAUGGAGCCGGAAAGCUGCUCUCCCAAGAACAACUUGAUUGUGGGCAUCCCUGUCGAGAAGGGGACAGACAUCUGAGUGCCUUCCGUCUCCAGGAUGAAAGCCGUGUGUGCUCCAGGUUCUUGGCACGAUUGGGAACCAGCAUCUGCCUUGAGCCUGCUGUGCUCAGGAAGGAAAGUGGCAGGAACAUUGUGGAAGAAAGGUUGCUUGCACAGCAUCGCAAAUGCUCUUAGUGUGUGAUUAAAGGAGGUGUUUUUCAUGGCGAAAAGCCCCUGAUGUCUCAGCUGCCACAGACUCCUCCUCACUCUGGAGGCCUCAUCACUGGAAUAACAAUUCCCUUCUCAGUUUACAGCUUUGCUUCCCUUGCCAGUGUAAGGUCCAGUUCUUGAAGCCUUUCUAAUCAUUUUAAUAUUCCAGUGGAGACCAAAAUUAGAUUCUGUGGGGUUUGUUUUUUAUAUUUUUAAUAAUUUUACUUUUCUAUGAUUUUUUAAAAAAAAAUCGAGUCAGGUAAUUACAGUACAGUUAAAUUUUUAAGCCAGGGUGAGUUGGAUUUGUAUAUCAUUUUGUAGACUCUAAUAUAUUUCCCAUAAAUUAUCAAGUAAGAUGAUCACUAGUUCAUACUUUUUAUAUGAAGACAGUAUAAAAUAAUUGCAGUCAAUUUCCCAUAUCUGGGAGCAUGAAUUUGGACAAAAGUUAUAACUAAUCUAAAGAUACAUUAAUUCAAGCCUCCAAAUAAUUGCUGAAGAUCCUUUAUUUUCAAGACCUUGGUCUACAUGCUUUUGAGGAUACAAUGAAAGGUUGCAAGAGAUACGUGUCUCUGUGGAAGUAAAUCAUGUAGGAAAAAAGGGAUUAAAGAAUUUCUUAAGUUCUUUAUCUCAUAAUGGAACUUGGUCACAGGCUUUGUUUUUCAGCUAUCAGUCAUAUUUUUUACUUAUUUUUUUGGUCAAACUUAACUUGGCAUAACUUGAAGGCGGGAGGAGUAUAGACUGUAGAAGCAUAUUUGAGUAGUUCUCCCUGCCUAUAUUCUCAUUCUGUGAGCCAGUUUUUAAAGAGGUGGCAUAUAUCUUCCUUGCAUGCUGCUCACCACCUCACUUUCCUCCUCCGGUCAUUCCAUUUGAGAGAUUUGUUUUGUUGUUGAUGAUGUGUACAACUACUGUGUGACAGGGGCCAUGAGGAGAAAGGACUUAUAAAUAACUCCUUCAUUGUUGUGAGUUAAAAUAUGGAGAUAAUUUAUAAAGGGGAUGGGAGUUUGAAGUCUUGUUUUCUCGGAUAAAAUUUAAGAAAACAGUUAACCAUGAGCCCUAUUUUUGUCCUUCAACCUGUAGACACAGAAUGCUGCUGUUUGAUCCUGGACGUCUUUUUUUUAUUGAGGUAUAACUUACAGACACUAAAAUCAUGUAUUUUUAAGCUUGAGAAGUUUUGACGCCCAUGCAAACACCAUCAGCAGAAAUCAGAUGUAGAGUAUUUCCAUACCCCAGAAAGUGCCUUUGCCUCCCUUUCUACUCAUUUCACCUUCUCCCCCUCUGAUUUCUAUUACCAUACAUCUGUUCUGCCUGUUUUUAUCUUUUGUAUAAAUGAAAUAAUUUGGUAUGUAGUCUUUUGUGUCUGACUUUUUGUGCUCAACAUAGCACUUUUGAGAAAUAGCCAGGAUGUUAUAUGUAUCAAUAGUUUCUUCUUACUUCUCACUAAUAUUCCAACACACAAAUUCAUCAAGAUGUUUUAUCCAUUCUCCUGUUGAUAUUUAUUUGGAUUGUGUCCACUUUGGGGGUACUAGGAAUAAGACCUAUGACUUCUAGUACAGUCUUUUUGUGGACAUAUGUUUUCAUUUCUCUUAUAUAAACGCGUCAUAGUAGAAUUGCUCCAUCAUCGAGUAAAGGAAUGUCGCUUGCCAAACAGUCUACCAAAAGAGUGCCAUUUUCUGUUCCCACCAGCAGUGGUGUAAAGUCCUAGAUCUUUACCCCCUCACCAGCAUUUGCUGUCGCUGCCCUUCAUAUUUUAGCUACAGUGGUGGUUGUGAGUGGUACCUCUGAUGGAUUUAGUUUCUUUCCUGUGAACCAUCAUUUUCAUGUCACUUGCUUAUCUUUAAAAUUACAUUAUUUAGGAUUUUGUAGUUGUUUAUUUAUAAGAAUUUUCUAUUCUGGUUUUGAGUCCUUUGGCAGAUAUAUUGGGUUGUCGGAAAAGUCAUGACGCAUUUUUGCUUGAAAAACAGAAAAACUUUUCUGACAACCCAAUAUGUAUAUAAGGUCUUUAACUUAUGACAGUUUGACUUACCUUUUUUUUUUUUUUUUUUUUGACUUUGCAGUGGCGCAGAAAUCAUGUACGUUCUGUAGAAGCCAUGCUUUGAAUAUUGAAUGGGGGUCAUUGCCAGGGCUAUAUAGGCAAUACAUAGGCCAGUGGCCACAGCUCCCCGCCAGCCCCCAGAUUAUGUGGGGAGCGACCAAUCCUCUAGAGUGUGUGUGUUCCCAGUGUCUUUGUAUAUCUUGCUGUGUGUUGCUGCCUCCCUUCUGGUCUACAAUACACCCAUCUUUGUCUCCUGCUUCUGGUGAGAAGAGGUGGAAGAUAUUACUAUUGAAACUCAAUCCAAGUGAAAGCUAAUGUGAGUGUUUUAAGCACAUUAGGCUGGCCGGGCUGAGCCAUGACAUGUUCCAGAGGGUCGGUGUGCUACAUGCAUAUUCAGCUGAUCGUAUUUUUGGCCCAUAGUGGUUUAUGACAUAGCCCUAUUUUAAGUCGAGCAGCACCUAUACGUGGAGAAUUUUUUUCCUAGUCUGUGACUGACUUGUUUUCAUAAUGACCAUUUUAAUUUUCAUGUAGCCUCAAUAAUCUUCUAUGGUUACUAUUUUGUGUGUACUCUAAUAAAUCUUUAUCAACCCUGAGGUUUUGAAGGUUCUUCUGGUGAUUUCUUCUAGGAGAUUUAAUGUUCCUUACUUUUUAUGUCUAAGUCUAUGAUCCAUCUCAAAUCAGUAUUCUCUUUUAGGGACAACUACGCUUUGAGGAAUGGACACUUGUUUCAGCACCAUUUGUUUGAAAACCUUUCCUCUCCCCUUUCACAUUACUGGUGGUGCAGGGGUUAAAUUCUCAGUGCUAUCAAACUAUCUCCAGCCACUGCAUCCUGAGUUUGAUUCCUGGCCAGGGAGCUGACCCACAUGGUGCAGCAGACCUCCCCUGUCUUGUCUAUUGCUCCCCUUAGCGGUGUAUUUCAGUAGAUCCUCCUGUUCUGUUCCCUACUCUGUCUCUAGUGAAUAGUCUCACCCCCCGCACCUCUGGCCUAUACUCUAGUUCUUGU